CUAUGGAAACCAGAACAAAGAGCUGUCGCCCAGCCACGCAAACACCUGGGCUGUGCGUCUUCCACUGGCUGGCCAGGCAGCCUGGGACGCCGGUGGUGGGGCCGAUGGACGCCUUCAGCAGCAAGAGCCUGGCCCUGCAGGCGCAGAAGCAGCUCCUGGGCAAGGUGGCCUCGAGGGCCACGGCGGCCGCCUUCCUGGACGAGGCGAGCAGCGCGGUGCUGGACGAGCUGUACCGCGCCACCAAGGAGUUCACGCGCAGCCGCGCGGAGGCACGGAGGCUGGUGCGCGGCCUGGUGAAGGUGGCGCUGAAGGUGGCCCUGCUGCUCCGCGGCGGCGUCCUGGGCGCCGACGGGCUGGCCGCGCUGGGGCGCCUCCGCCAGCGCGCGCGCCGCCUGGCCCUGACGGCCCUGACCUUCCAGCAGGUGGCCUUCUCCUUCGACCGGCGCGUGCUGGCCGCCGGCCUGCUCGAGUGCCGCGACCUGCUGCUCCAGGCCGCCGGGCCGCACCUCACCGCCAAGUCCCGCGGCCGCAUCGGCCACGUCUUCGGCCGCCUGGCCGACGGCGACUUCCUGGCCGCGCUCUACGGGCCCGCCGAGCCCUACCGCUCACACCUGGGCCGCCUCUGCGACGGCCUCUCCAGGAUGCUGGACGACGGCAGCAUCUGAGCCCCGCGCCC